AUGCAGAAGUACAACUCAGAACUGUUUCUGGAGACAGAAGAAGGUGUUACCACACCCCUUUCGUUGGUCCACGUUGAGGAGGAAUUUAACACAUCUCCGUCUUUAUACCAAGGUGAUGGGGUAGCACAAUCCAAAGAGCAAGAAAACGGUGUGUCUCUUGGGAGGUUGCAGUAUAACUUUGCCCAAGAAACUCAGCUACCAACAAGAAGCAGUGAGUUUUUCCUGACGGGUGAAAAUGUCAGCCUGUUUCCUCAGUGGCCCAGAACCCACCCAUACACAAAGGGACUCAUUAGAUAUUUCAGCACCCCAAUUGCACACCAGGGAGGUUCUUUGCACGUCAAGGCCACCUACGUCUCACACAAUCAAGAUGGCAGCGGGGAUGUCCCUCAGAGUCGCGAGCAGAAUAACCCUCCGGAUGUUGCGGUUGCAGGAGCCAGUUCACAAAAGGAAGGGCAUCCCGGUGAGAGGUCACCUCCGGAGAAGGAAAUCCAUCCCGGGAACAACAUCGAGGCAGGUGGUAACCAGUUACCAACUUCUGAAGUUCACGAAGGAACAUGUGACAGAGGGGCGUCCUGCGGGGGUUCUAAUUCUGCAGAGAUUCAUCUCAGCCCCAUCCCUGUUACCCAUCAACAGGCCUCCCUUGAAGGCAACUGCACCUUCAGAUGCUCCAAGUGUAGCCACCCUUUCCAGUGCAGGUCUGCAGGUCUUGUGGGACAAAAAGCCGAGGCCACAAAGAAGCAGGUGAAACUCACCCCCUCUUCUAAAGAAAAGGCUGGCCAGGUCACGGAGAAGCCCUUCCAUUGCCCCGAGUGUGGGAAGGGCUUCCUUCACCGAUCCAGCAUCCCACGCCACCAGAGACUCCACAGGAAAGAAACUUCGUCCCCCGAUUCUGAGAAGCAGAUGCCCAACCCGUACCCUAAUUGUGAGACCUCCACGUCCACUAUGAAGCCCCCCGUAAUCAAACACAAGGGGGUGCCUGGGAUCGACCAGCCGUUCAAGUGCCUCUCCUGUGAUAAGAGCUACGGGCAGAGAUCACAUCUGAAGAGACACGAGCAGAAGAAGCACCAGGUCGCUGAUUAA